AUGGUUCUUGUGUUGGCUGAGGAUGAUCUCCGUUGUGGAGAUGGUUUGAGUUCUGUGGUUCUUGUCUUUGAUUCUGGAUCAAGAAUGGUAGGGUGCUCUUCGCUCGGAUCUGUCGUUGAUGCCUUCCCAGUUCUCUUGAUCUUGUCGGAUCGUGAAGUUCGGUGGAGUUUUCUUGCCGGUAGCGUGGAUGCUGUAGCUGCUUCCUCCUUGUUGCUGGGCUUGUCUAUUGGUGGCAAAGUAUAUGGGCUCGCCUGCUAUUAUAAAUUUAUAAUGUUUGUUUGUAUGUUCCACUUGUUUCUUUUUUCUGCAGCUAUGGGUACUCAAAGUGCUUUGGAUCAUUCCCCUUUAGGACAACCACCUUUAGGACAACCACCACCUUUAGGACAAACACUCCCACCUUUAGGACAAACUUCAGGUUCAGCUGCUGAAUCUGAUCCUACCAACUCCCAAUCCCAUGGAGCAGCUACUGCUGGGCAGAAAAGAAAAGAUCCUGCAAACAAAAGCCCUCUUUGGGCACAUUUUACUAGAUGUAAACACCCGAACUCAGACCUAAUAGAUACUUGUUGGUGUACUUGCAAUACUUGCAAUGAGAGAGUGUUAUGUGAUACUAAAAAGAAUGGGACAAGCUCGAUGUGGGCACAUACUAGGAAAUGUGCUACUCAUCCAUUACAUGCAGAACCUGAUCCUAAGCAGGCUAAGUUGAAUAGAGAUAAUGUGAGUGGAGGAGCCUCAUACCAUAAGUAUAACAAAAAGAGGUGUGAUGAUAGGUGCAUCGAUAUGAUUAUCAAGGAUGAGCUCCCUUUUAGGCACGUGGAGAAGGAGGGAUUCAAAGCUUUCUGCAAAGAGUUAGAACCUCAAUGGCCUGGAAUGGACAGAAAGCAGGCUGCCAAGGGUGUGCUAGAUAAGUACAAUUUUGAGAAGGCUGUUCUGUUGAGUCAAUUGAAGGCAAAUGAAACUCGGAUCUCAAUUACUCGGAUCCAGAAUAUAAACUACCUGGUACUAACAGCCCACUUCAUGGAUAGUGACUGGAAAUUGCACAAAAGGAUCAUCAACUUUUGUACAAUUACUAGUCACAAAGGAGAGGAGAUUGGAAGGGUAGUAGAGCAGUGUUUGAGGCAAUGGGAGAUCACCAAAGUGUUUACAACCACAGUAGACAAUGCUAGUGCUAAUGACUUAACUGUGGCAUACAUGAAGAGAAGGUUGACCAGUUACAAGACUUUGAUGUUUGAGGGAGAGUUUUUACAUUUAAGAUGUGCAUGCCACAUUAUAAAUUUGAUAGUUAAGGAUGGUCUGAAGGAGUUACAAGAUGGGAUUGCUGCUAUAUGGAACUGUGCCAAGUAUGUUAGGAGUUCAUCAAGUCGUCUUGACAAGUUCAGGGAGUUUGCUGUUUUGGAACAGUGCAGGGCAAAUGCCAAUGUUCCAUUAGAUGUAAUCACAAGAUGGAACAGCACAUACCUCAUGCUUGAAGCUGCACUUAAGUAUGAAGCUGUGUUCGGCAGAAUGGGUGAAGAAGACUGCAAUUUUAAAGCUUAUUUCGACGAAACGGACAGAAAUGGCAAACCCAGGGUUGGACCACCAUCUAGUGAGGAUUGGAGGAAUGCAGAAGCAUUUUGUUUGUUUUUGAAGAAGUUUUAUGAAGCUACUGUGAAGCUGAGCGCUUGGAAGAAGAUCACUGCAAAUAUAUUAUUUGUUGAAAUGGUUACAUUGCAAACUGAGAUUGACAAGGCUAUCAUUGCAGAAGACCCUAUUUUGAAGAGGGUUGCCACUUCAAUGAAGGCCAAGUUCAACAAAUAUUGGGGAAGCUUCGAAUCGGUGAACAAGAUAAUCAUGAUAGCUAAUGUUCUUGACCCAAGAUACAAGCUGCAGUGGGCUAAAGUAGCAAUGCAAAAAGUCAAUGCAAGCUACGAGACAAUUCAUUCAAUACAAGGGGACUUAAAGAAAAUUUUGCUGAAGAUGUAUGAUGAAUACAAAGCCAAUGAAGGCAGCAACGAAGCUGAACCGUACAUGGGAGAAGAUCUAGGAUUCGAAGGGGAUGACUUGGAGAAUCUUGAUGAAGUCAGCAAGCAAAUAGCAAGGGAGAGGAUGGCAGAGCAGUCACAAUGCAUACGAAAUGAGGUUGAUCAGUAUUUAUCGGAUAGGUAUGUUAGCCUCCUUGCAAAGAAUUUUGAAAUUCAUAUGUGGUGGAAGGCCAAUGAGUCAACCUAUCCAAUCCUAUCAAAGUUAGCAAAGGAUGUUUUUGCUGUUCCUUGCUCAACGGUGCCUUCGGAGAAUGCAUUUAGUUUGGGAUCAAGAGUGGUGGAUCCUUUUAGAGCUUCAUUGACACCAAAAAUGGUGGAAGCCCUUGUUUGCAGUUCGGAUUGGUUAAAAUCUGAUCCCCCAAACUUCUACAAAGAUCCCACCGAAGAUGACCUUGAAAUGUAUCACUCUUUGGAGGAACUUGAGAGGGAAAAUGCUUUUAAUCAAGGAAUGGAGUCAACAUUGACCAAUCUCAGCUCUACACAAGCUGAUGCAUAG